CGCCUCCGAUCUCGCGCCUCUAUCUCCUAUUUUCUGGUGAAUACUGCCAGCUGCAACUUUUGUCACCCCACAGCUGCCGGUGGUUCCUCCAGUUCUCACACACAACAAACUGGAUUCAUUAAAAGUCAAGAGAGGCAGCUGGAUGAUGUCAUAUCCGUGAAGAAGGGUCUCUAUAACCUACACGCAGUGAGGGUUUUCGCCGCGUGCAUGCCCCCACAAACUUUUUCUUCCUUGCAGUGACGAGGUUUCUCCCCGCUGCCCACAUGGCAUGCGUAACGGGGACGAGUGGUUGGAUGCUCCCCUCUUCUGCCAAGGAAGCCAUGGUUUUAACCAGCGCGUAGUGGACGAGGUGGCGCGAGCCCACGGGCAGAAACUUGCGUGAUUUUUUUUUUGUUGUUGUUCCAGUAGCGGAGGAGGGAAACAUUGUACCAGCAGACAGAAUGUGGUCGCUGUCCCUGGUCCUGAACCCGCUGCUGUUCCUGCUGCUGUUCGGAUACUGCCCAUCAGUGACCAUCCGGCCAAAGGAGGGGUGGCAGGUGUACAGCUCAGCACAGGAUGCAGAUGGGCGUUGUAUCUGCACAGUGGUGGCACCUGAACAGAAUCUGUGCUCCAGAGAUGCCAAAGGCAGACAGCUCCGCCAGCUCCUGGAGAAGGUGCAGAACAUGUCGCAGUCAAUCGAGGUGCUGAACCUGCGGACGCAGAGGGACUUUCAGUAUAUCAUGAGAAUGGAGAGCCAGAUCAAAGGACUGCGGUCAAAGUUCCGACAGAUCGAAUCGGACAGGAAGACGGUCGUCAACAAAAACUUUCAGGAGCUAAAGGGAAAGAUGGAGUCCCUGCAGCCGCUGAUCCCUGUCCUGGAGCAAUACAAGACAGAUGCCAAGCUCAUCUCCCAGUUCAAAGAGGAGAUCAGGAACCUGUCUGGCGUAUUGAUGGGCAUCCAGGAGGAAAUGGGCGCCUACGACUACGAGGAGCUGCAACAGAGGGUCCUAAACCUGGAAAAUCGGCUUCGCAACUGUAUGAACAAACUCACAUGUGGCAAGUUAAUGAAGAUCACUGGGCCGCUGACAGUGAAAACUUCAGGGACCAGAUUCGGAGCCUGGAUGACCGACCCACAGGCGUCUCCCAAAAACAACAGGGUCUGGUACAUGGACAGCUACACCAACAACAAGAUUGUGAAAGAAUAUAAAUCCAUCGCCGAUUUUGUGUCAGGAGUCGAGUCGAGAACCUACAACCUGCCUUUCAAAUGGGCUGGAACCAACCACGUGGUGUACAACGGCUCUCUGUACUACAACAAGAUGCAGAGCAACAUUAUAGUGAGGUACAGCUUUGAGACAGGCCGCGUGGUCACCCAGAGGGCUCUAGAGUCUGCAGGCUUCCACAACGUGUACCCCUACACCUGGGGAGGCUUCUCCGACAUCGACCUGAUGGCGGACGAGCUAGGCCUGUGGGCCGUGUACGCGACCAACCAGAACGCCGGGAACAUCGUCAUCAGCCAGCUGAACCCGGACACGCUCCAGAUCCUCAACACAUGGAACACAGAAUACUCAAAGAGGAAUGCCGGCGAGUCUUUUAUGAUCUGUGGGACGCUCUACAUCACUAACUCCCACCUGACCGGCGCCAAGGUCUACUAUGCUUACUCCACUAAAACCUCCACAUAUGAGUAUACAGACAUUCCCUUUCAUAACCAGUACUUCCACAUGUCUAUGCUGGACUACAACGCCAGGGAUCGCGCCCUCUAUGGCUGGAACAACGGCCAUCAGGUCCUGUUUAAUGUUACACUUUUCCACAUCAUUAAAACUGAGGACGACUCUUAA